AGAGCGCAAUUUCUCGACCUCCGUUUAUUUUUACGAGUCGAGAGUCUUAGUGGGCGUUGCGCCAACGAAAGAACAAUCUACAUUUCUCGCCUCUCUCGUAAAACUGUUGAAAAAAGCAGUAUAAUUUAUCUUUCGUGGAUCUUAUAAAGCACUUUAUGAAAGAUAAUCGACCUUAUGGAUGCGUGAGUUUACAUGUUUCGCAUAGUGGUUUUAUUUUUCCAUUGAAAGUCUCUUCAAAUUUCAGAAAGCCCUGAAAGUUGCACUUUAUACGUUAAUGCAGUGUCGGUGGACGUACUAUUUAAUAAUUAUUGAAAUAUUGUUCUAAUAAUAUUCUAGUGGUGAUUUCGACCAUAUUAUCGUAUAUUUCAGAUUAUAUUUUAAAUGGCAUUUUCUAUAUCGAUGAAAUAGUUAUAGAUAUACUCAUCAACCAAUUUGAUUUAAUAUAAUUGUAGCGAUUUCAAAAUCUUUACUGAAUUUCGGAACGUUUUAAAGAUAGCAUUUUCCUCGUCUGUGAAGUGAUUAUAAUUAUAAUAUUCGAAUAAAUUUAUUAUAUUUUGUAUGUCUACUAAUAAUGCUGAAAUCUCUUAGUGAUUAUUAGGGUAGGAGAAUUCAACAGAAUCGGCUAACCACUGAAGCUCAACUGUGUAACAUGUUAGUACAACUUACCUGAUAAUUAAAAAUGAAAAGCAAUAUUUCUAUAAUUUUUGUGUUUAAGAGAAAAAGUGUCUGCAACAGAAAUAUUGAGAAAUAUUAGAAGUUAGUUUACUGAUCAAUAACAACAUCAUUGCAAGAUCAAUAAGCCAAAGAUAAUUCUUUCCAGAUAUGUUGUGUUGGUUUAUUUUGUGGUCAGCCAUCUUAGCCAUUUACAUAAUACAAUGGCAUAUCCGACGGAAGGAACGUAUAGCUAUUUUACGAAAAUUACCAGGAACACCACCCACUUUUCUUAUAGGAAACCUCUCCUGGGUGAAAAGCAUAUAUUCCAAAAAACUGGAUUUUCAUCCUGGUGUAUAUAUUUUUGAGCGCAUCCAUGGCAGUUGCGUGUUGUUUGAAAAGUACGGAAUGCAUGCUUUCUGGUUCGGUGUCACGCCUAUCGUCAGCGUCUUCCGAGCAGAAAUCAUGGAAGAAAUUUUAAGCAGCAGCGUGUCUUUAGAAAAAUCAUUCGAAUACAGCUUUCUGCACCAAUGGCUCGGACGAGGACUGCUAACGAGCACUGGGUUAAAGUGGAAGUCGCGGAGAAGACUUCUAACUCCUUCUUUUCACUUCCGAAUUUUGGAAGACUUUUUGCCUGUUUUUAACAAUCAUGCAACGGUUUUGGUUAAGAAGAUACGAGCACAAGCCGACAAAGAAUACAUUGACAUAAUACCCUUAGUGAUACUCUGCACUUUAGAUAUUAUAUGUGAAACGGUAAUGGGUGUUCAUAUCGGAGCUCAGACUGGCGGCAAUUCCGAGUACGUUAGAGCCGUUCACAACUUAGGUCACAUAUUCAAUCUGAGAACAGUUAGUCCAUUACUUUGGUCAGACUUCACAUUCGGAUUAUCUCGGACUGGGCGACAGUUCGCCAAAGACUUGGAAAUAAUGCAUGGAUUCACCAAAAAGGUUAUAAAAGAAAAGAAAGAAUCUAUGCUGAAUCACCUUGUAAAAAAUGAAGAGCCUGAAAAUGUCCCAGACAGUUACCAGGGUAAAAAGAGGAAAGCGUUCAUGGACCUGCUUCUGGACUGCAUAUCUCUGGAACAGCAAUUAGAUGAACAGGACAUUAGGGAAGAAGUGGACACAUUUAUGUUUGAGGGUCACGACACGACAGCCAUGGGUAUCAUUUUCGCUUUGUACUGUAUUGGCUUGUAUCCAGAAGUGCAGAAGAAAGUGACGGACGAAUUAGAUGAAAUUUUCGGUGAUGAUGUCGAGCGUUCGGUUACACAUGACGAUGUCAGAAGAAUGAAAUACUUGGAGUGUACUCUCAAGGAAUCCCAAAGGAUCUAUCCGUCUGUCCCGUUAAUAGGAAGGAAAAUGGAUGAAAAUAUCACUUAUGAGGGGCUGACCAUUCCUGCUGGAACUACGGUCCACUUGAACAUUAUUGGUCUUCAUCGCAGCGGAAGGACGUUCCCAAAUCCCGAAAAGUUUGAUCCGGAUCGAUUUUUGCCGGAGAAUAUGUUAGACCGCCAUCCAUAUGCCUAUAUUCCCUUCUCAGCAGGACCAAGAAACUGCAUAGGUCAAAAAUUUGCCAUGUUGGAAGAAAAAUAUCUGAUUUCCAAUAUUUUGCGACACUUUAAGGUUGUUUCUCUUGACCAUAGAGAUGUGAUGCACGUCAAAGUUGAAUUCACUCUUAGACCUGCCCAACCAAUCAGACUAAAGUUUAUACCCAGGAGAUGAAGAUACUGUUGCCAUUAAAAGGAUUCGAAUGUUUUAUCAUCAUCCAAUUAAAUAUUUAAUCGCUUAAUUAAUUCAGAAAGCAGGAUGACUGAAUACGUUGCCAAUAAUUAUGUUGUUUUAAUUUUCAGCGUUAGACUGAUGCACAGUUUCCCCUGUUUUUCUCUUGUUACAUUAUUUUCUGGAAUAAAAUAUUUUAUUUGUUAA